AUGCUAUCCUCUCUCCUUCCUUCUGGCACCAAUACGCCAAACUCCGGCCGUCAUAGCCCUGACAACGCAUCCGAAACCCAAUCAACCACACAGUCCGCACCAGUCGAGCACACUCCUACCCCAAUGCCUCCGGUACCAACCGGCGGUCGACGCAAGCGAAUCGUGGUAGCCAUGACCGGAGCCACAGGAUCGAUUCUCGGAAUCAAAGUUCUCAUCGCCCUCCGCCGACUCAAUAUCGAAACCCACCUCGUCAUCAGCAAAUGGGCCGAGGCAACCAUAAAAUACGAAACAGACUAUCAUCCCCGAAACGUGCGCGCUCUGGCAGACUAUGUCCACAAUAUCAAUGACAUGGCCGCGCCCGUAUCCAGCGGGUCCUUCAAGACCGACGGCAUGAUCGUUGUCCCCUGCUCCAUGAAGACCCUGGCCGCCAUCAACUCCGGCUUCUGCGAGGAUCUGAUCUCCCGGACUGCAGAUGUCAUGCUGAAGGAGCGCCGAAAGCUGGUACUUGUCGCCAGAGAAACUCCCUUGAGUGAUAUCCAUCUUCGCAAUAUGCUUUCUGUGUCGCAGGCUGGCGCUAUCAUUUUCCCGCCUGUACCAGCAUAUUAUAUCAAGGCAGCGUCUGUCGAUGAACUCGUGGAUCAGAGUGUUGGUCGCAUGUUGGAUCUGUUUGAUCUGGAUACCGCCGACUUUGCCAGAUGGGAGGGCUGGAAGAAGGACAACUGA